AUGAGGUUGUGUCAGGUUUUCUCUCUGGAAGACGACCAGGACUUCUUAGAGCCUUUAGCUGAACUAGAGAGAUUUGUGGACAAACUUUGGAGAAGACAUAUGCUGAGGCUGUUUACAUUGCUCAAUAGAAUUUCACAGGGUAACCCCGAGUGGAAUGGCAAAGGAGCUAAACCAGUCAUACAUAAAACUGCUGGAGUGUUGGAAAUAGAUGUAGUGACAGCUUUGUCGGCACAGAUCACAGCGAUGCAGAAUAUGAUGACUACUCAUUUCAGCAACAUGCCACUAGGACAACAACAAGCCCAAGUUAAUAUGGUGCAUCAACCACAAGCUUGGUGUGAAGUAUGUGGAGGUGGAGAUCAUAGUGCUGAGGUAUGUGGAGCAAACCCAAAAUCUAUUCAUUUUGUAGGUAAUGCUCAACGAGGAGGAAAUCACCAGAGCUAUGGAAAUACCUACAACCCGAGCUGGCGGAACCACCUAAACUUCUCAUGGGGUGGCAAUCUAAACCAACAUCAAGGACAAAACCAAUACAAACCACAGAGUAGUGGACAACAGUACCAUCAACAAAACCAUGGUAACCAGCAGGCUGCCAAGCAAAGUGAUAUGAGUGUGGAGGACAUGCUAAAAAAAAUCAUGGCAGAUCAAUCUAAAUUGGCAGCAGAUGUUCAAAACAAUCAAUUGGCGACUCAGAAUUUGAAGAAACAGUUUGGGCAGUUUGCUAGUGCCCAAAAUUCCCGACCACAAGGGGGUUUGUUGGGAAAUACCGACCCAAACCCGAAGCAGGUAAAUAUUGUGAGUACUCGGAUUGGUCGUCCAUUGGAGGAGUUGACACCAAAGGAAAAAGUUGCUGAAGAAAAAAGAAAACAUGUAGAUGAAGCAAAACCCUCUCCCCCAUUCCCACAUAAAUUCAAAAAACAAAAGGAGGAGGAAUAUUUUGGUAAGGCAUUCCUAAUAUGCCAAAUAUGUGAAAGAUGUGGUAGCCAACAAAGUAGAUUGGCUGAGUAUGCAACAGUAGCGCUCACAGAGGAGUGCAGUUCUAGGAUCCAGAAUAGGCUCCCAACUAAGUUGAAAGAUCCAGGGAGUUUCACUAUUCAAAUAAAAAUUGGUAAAUGUGUUGAGGCAAGAGCGGACCGUUCGGUGUCAAGGCCAAAUGGCGUUAUUGAAGAUGUCUUGGUUCAAGUGGGAACUCUGAUUUUCCCCAUGGACUUUGUCAUUUUGGAUUUUGAACCUAACCCAGAGGUCCCAUUUAUUUUGGGACGCCCAUUUUUAGCAAUCGGAGGUGCAUUAAUUGAUAUGGCGGUCGGUAGACUAAUAAUGAGGGCUCAUGACAAGGUCGAGGUAUUUGAUGUUUACAAGGCAAUGAAGUUACCUGUAAUAUAUGAGGAGCUGUCUGCAAUUACUGCCAUUGAUGAGGAAAUGACAUCUAAAUAUGUUGAAGUCCAAGACACUUUAGAGAAAGUGUUAAUUGGGCAAGACAUUGAUGGAGAUAUUGAAGCCCAGGAGUUGGCUAACGUCCUAAAUGUCCUGAAUGUGAGUAUGCUUUGCAAGUUUGUGGAGCCAUUAAACAGAGUCCUGGGACCACCUCCUAAGCCGUCGAUUGAGGAAACACCCAAGUUGGAGUUAAAAGCUCUCCCUUCUCAUCUCAGGUAUGCAUUCUUAGGUGCCAAUGAAUCUUUACCGGUAUUCCUUUCUUCUGCUUUGUCCGUAUUGCAGGUUGAGGCAUCUCUGAAAAUAUUAAGGAAGAGGAAAAGGGCGAUAGGCUGGUAG